AUCUAAGCCUUCGUUUCAUUUUAAAAACCCCAAUUCCCAUUUCAAAUCUCUUAUCAUCUCCCGGAAAACCCCACUUCUCGAACAAAUUUCAUAAUAUGACCUCAGUUUGCAUAUCCACCUGUGUAAACGACGCACGUGACCCACUUGUUCCUGUUCGCGCCACCUACGUCAACCUCUACAAGUGGCCGGAGUCUGACGCCGAGUUCGUCAGAUCAGUUACGUCGAGGUCUAACGUGCGCCGUGGGGUUCAUGUGCAUGGGCACCCUAGGGUUGUGGACAGCAUCUCGUGCAGGCAGAUGUACCUGAGAAGCUACAAAUUCUCGCGAGAUGACGAUAAGGAGGCCGAGAAUGAGAAGACCGCAUGUGUUUUGGUAGAGUGAAGGAGAAAGACAAAAGAGAAAAAGAAAAGAAAGGACAAGGAACGACGUCGUAAAAGGAUUAAGUGUUUGAGGAAAUUCUCAUGCAAUGCAUUGUUUAGGCUUUUCCCCAGGUUGUUGUCUUGUGGUGCUAGUAUAGAUGUUGCUGAUCGUUGAUUUAUUUAUUUUCCAUUUUCAUGAGCUUAUAAUAAUUUGGUUUCUGGGUUUAUUUAUUUCUAAGAUAUUUGUGUU